GGAAGUGGAAAAUAAACUGCAUUACAACAGCAAUUAAACAAAAUACUAAUAAAAUUAAUACAUACUUGUAGUGAUUGUGUUUAAAAGACGAAAAUAUGGACCCGGCGCUCUUACGGGAACGGGAAGCGUUUAAAAAGAAGGCACUUGCGACCCCGAGCAUUGAAAAAAAGAAAAGGGAUGACUCGGAAUUCAAAGAUGACAGCAAAAAGAAAUCGAAAUCAUCCAGCUCAGUCAGCUCCGGACCAAAGCUUGAUGCUAGUAAUUACAAGACUAUGACUGGCAGCUCGUCCUAUCGCUUUGGAGUGCUAGCGCGUAUUGUACGGCAUAUGAGAGCAAGGCAUCAAGACGGAGAUGACCAUCCACUGUCUUUAGAUGAGAUUUUAGAUGAGACAAAUCAAUUGGAUGUCGGAAAUAAAAUAAAACAGUGGCUACAAACAGAAGCCCUACAGAGCAAUCCUAAAAUCGAAUGCUCUCCGGAUGGAAAGUUUAACUUCAAACCGGUUUAUAAAAUAAAAGAUAAAAAAUCUUUACUGAGGUUACUUAAGCAACAAGACCUCAAAGGCUUGGGAGGUAUAUUAUUGGAAGAUGUUCAAGAGUCGCUGCCUCACUGCGAGAGAGCACUGAAACAUUUGGCACAAGAGAUCUUGUAUAUAACAAGGCACACUGAUAAAAAGAAAAUAUUAUUCUACAAUGAUAAGACUGCUACAUUAGACGUAGAUGACGAAUUCGUGAAAUUAUGGCGUGCAACAGCGGUGGACGCGAUGGACGACGCGAAGAUCGAGGAGUACCUCGAGAAGCAAGGGAUCAAAUCCAUGCAGGAUCACGGGCCAAAGAAGAUGCUUGCUCCCAAACGGAAGAAGGCCAAGCAGAAGCGUAGACAGUUCAAGAAACCAAGAGACAAUGAACAUUUGGCCCACGUACUGGAGACGUACGAGGAUAACACGCUGACUCAGCAAGGAGUUUCCAUUAAAUAAACUGUGAUUAAUUUGUAUAUUUUCUCAUUAGUUGUAAGGCAAACGAUUGUGAUUAAAAAAAAUGUGGAAUAUUUGAGUU